UCUGCGCUGGAGGUGGAGCUAAACUACAUCUAGAGAGUGGGCCAGGCAGACGGGGUCAGGGGUCAGGUUCAGGUGGGUGUCCUGCCCCAGUGUGGUCAAUUCACCCUCUCAGGGUCUUAGUGCUUUUGCUCCUCAGUGGAAGUGGAUGCCCACCUGACGUUGAGAGCACAGAGAGGGCUGGCACUGCAGUUGUGGUGGGCACAGCUUUCAUCAGCUCUUCUUUUCCCCUCCCAGCAGGACUUGCUGAUGUCCACCCAGCUGCCUAUCGAAUUGCCUUCAAGCUGAGGUCCUUGCAGAAGCUCUGCCAGUUGCACCUGGUAGACUCCUCCCUGAUUGACCAACUGCUGCAGGACCUGAGGUCACAUGUCCACCUGGAUGGUGCCAUCCCGACUGUCAUCACCGCGCCGGCCCUGCAGCUCCUGUUCCAAAGGGCUCAAGUGACACCGGGAGCAGCGGAGCACACCAGUCGCCUGUUAGCUGACAUGUUUGACCGGUGAGCCACCAGCCGCUUCUGUGAAGGAGAUCAAAGUGUGUGGGUGGGCAGCAGGAGUGACCAACGUGUGUCGCUUUGUGUCCAGGGAUCAAGCGGGGUCCUAUCCUCUGAGGUCAGUGGCCGUGGCUCUGAUGGCACUUUCGGCAGACCAAGUGUCCGUUAAAUUUGCAGGUGAGUCAGGUGGCCGUGGGUCUUGGUGUCACCCCACUGCCACCUCUGAGUUGGCUUUGUCCUUCUCAUAGGCCUCUUUGAAUUGGCCGUACAGGCCAGCGGUCAUCCCUGUGCUGGUGACAGGCGUGCAACUCGCCACGGUCUGAGAAACGUCCUGCAGGACCUGCAGCAGAUACCCAGGAUUGUCCAGGAGGACAGCGGCUUGGAGGAAGUGGACGUGGCCAUCAGGGACUGUUUCCAGGGGGAGCUGACCAGUGGGAUUGUGGAGGAGAAAUUUGCCUGCUGGCUUCACACUGACCCCCCUUGUGUCCGGUGGCUGCCCACUCUGUACCGCGUGUCAGCCAGCGAAACUGUGGUGCACCAAUCGCGCUGCCAGGUGUGCAGGAGUGGACCCGUCAUUGGACUUCGGUAUCAGUGCCUCAGGUGUGUGAACUUUAACCUCUGCCAGUCAUGCUACUUGACCUGCCAGACAGAUGGACGUCACCGACUCUCCCACCCAACUCUGGAGUUCUGUCGCCCACCAUCCACCAAGGAGAGCCUGAAAGUUUUCUCAUGGACACUGAGGACAUUACUGGGUGGACGUCACAAGAGGACAGGACCUCGGAAUGUCGUGAUGCCCAAGAUGGGCACACGGCCAGGGGUGGCGGAGCAGAGAUGGUGAGUCUAACUGGCUCUCGAGAGACAGACACCUCCACCUGCAUGGUCAUUCAUUUGGCUCAUGUCUUUCUGCAGGCCAGGGGUGCACUUCUAUCCUGGAGACCUCAAGCCCGCAGUUAAGACCCUCGUCGGGGACGGUCACUCUAGGAGAGCCACUAAAGCUGUGCAUGAGGAGUCUGCUUUGGAAGGCUGGCAGUGGUCAUUAGAGCCUCAGCCGCCUGUCCAGAGGAGCAAGAGGGCCUUGUCUGACCCAGACAUGCGACAGCCACUGGCAGCCAUGCAGGAGGUGCCCGCCGUCAGCAGGGAGCUGACCCGAUGGAGGAGUAUGGCCGUCAUGGAGCUGAACGUUCAGGACGAACAGUGCCAGCGACUUGAAGCUCACAUCGAUGUCCUGACAGAGCACAACAAGACCCUGCAGGCCCAGCUUGGACACGUCCGUCAGCUUCUGCAGGUACCAUCAGGCAGCCUGGAGCCGCUGGACGAGACCCUGUGGUCCCUCACUUUGUGUCUUUUACAGAUGAGCCUGGUGGACACUGGAAAUCUGGAUGGACGAGACUUGGAGAACUCAAGAGGUCAACUGACCUUCGCUGGAACAGAAGAGCAUGCUGGGAUAGAACAAGGGGUUAAUUGGAAACAAAGUGUGCCAAGUGGCAGCGGGCAAGGGGAGCGCCAGGCUGGCAUCAGAGGGAUGGACGGUCAAGAGGUGACUUGUUCUGCAGAUCCGUACACCUCCCUGAAGAUGGAGCUGCUGGACGCAGCUGAGCUGCUAGGACAGUCACUGUGUCACCUUGUGGACAAGGCCACUCUGCCACCUUCAUGAACAGCUGGGCCUUGUGUUGACUGGCCAUGCAGGGACAGCCACCCCAAGGGACAGAGCACCACAGAACACACUGGGGGUUCACUGCCAAGACUUUAUUAGUGGUCAGACACGGGAGCGGGGCCUCCUGAAGGACAGUGCCUGGUCCAGGGGGGGUGGUCCGCCCGGUCCACUUUGGUGGACGUGGAUUCCAAUCAG